AAAUGACAGGAGUAAGGAGAUCGCAACGGAGGAAACUUUAGGCUUGGCGGGAAAGGAAAUUCGCGACAUUCGUCAUUCGUUUUCGUGAUCUCUGUGCUUCGUGGACAGGGCGGACUAUUAGACUGUGGACUUCUCAGUUGAAGGUGACUGGAAAUAAAUGUCUGACCAAAAUGAUGAGAUGCCGAAUCGCACCUUUCCCUACAAGCUGUGGAAGCUCAUCCACAGCUCGGAGAAAAAUGGACUCGAGUGGUCACCGAACGGCAAGGACGUCGUCAUGGAGAAGAAAUUGUUCAUGAAAAAAUGCCUGGGCCAGCCAAACAAGUUCAAAACAAAAAAGCUGCUGAGCAUCACGAAGCAGUUCAACGUGUAUGGUUUCAAGCAGCUGCAGCACAGCCGAAUGGACCAGUACAUCAUUUACUCGAGUCCUUACUUCAGAAGGGGCCAAUUUGAGCUGCUGUCCAAACUUACAAGGAGGAUUGCUCCUCCCGGCAGCACAAGCAGACGCGGCAAGAAGGAAAAGAGGCGCGCGGCCUAUGAAUGCCAUCGAACCGUGCUUGGCGACAUCAGCAACGUGCCUGUGAAAACCAGGGCUCAGCCAGCCCGCAAUGCGACCAAGAUGAGAAGCGUGGCAGCCCUUCUGGACGCAGCAAGUUCCUCCUCCAGCGAGCAGAGUGAAAACAUGAGAGUCUCGAGCUCCCACAACUCAAGCAAGUACGAAAAUUGGCCACCACAAACUUCGUCUGCAAACCCUGCACAACUGAGGCAGCAAAUAAACACAGCCACCACCUCUUUUGUUGAAGAAGCAAGGGAAAAUUUUAAAAGCGUGCUGCAGGACAACGUGAUGAAAGUUUUGCAGUUACCCACAGGCCUCACCAGCAGCAGUCAAAGCAGUGAGAGUUCCUUCAAUCUGGAUGUUUCAAACAAGCCUGUCAAGUUCCCAUUUCCACCAAGAAGGGACCCUCAAAGGGUGAUGCUAAAUGGAAACUGCCCCCCUUCACCUGUGUAUUUACAAUUCAACCCAAACGCGUUCAUCGCUUCCCCUUGGAACCACUACUUGGAACUAAGCUUUGAUGCGGUGCCCUUAGAACACAACAUCAGUUUGUCAGAGAUUGUGGAAAUGCUCUGACUGGACAAGUUAUGUUUGACAUUUAAAAAGUUU